GACGGCCGUCACAGUCACCACGGAAGCAGUCGGCAGGAUGCAGGAUUUGCAAAAUAAAUUCGCAAUUUUUUAUUUAUUUUCCCAUCCUCCAUAAUUUCUCCAAUUUUUACUCUCGUUGUUUUUAAAAAGGGGAAAUUUCGAACAGCAGCAGCAGCAGCAGUAAAUUCAUCAGAAAAAUUGUCAAGAUGUCGAGAAUGAACUUUUUCUUCUGGCUGUUCCUCCUCGGAUCGGGAAUGUGUCAAGAGAGCGCUAUUCCAGUCGAAUCUCCAGUCGAAUUUCCAGUCGAAUCUCCUCCCUUCAUCGUUCAACAGCCCUCCACGGAAGAAGUCCUCUUCUUUUCCGGUGAAGGGUUCGUCCUCCCCUGCGAGGCGACAGGGGAACCUACCCCCAGCUUUACAUGGUUCAAGGACGGGGAAGAAUUCGACCUGGGCCCGACCAAUGACAGGAUCUUCCUACAACCCGGAAGUGGAAGCUUGGUGGUAAAUGACACCGAAAAGGAAGAUGCGGGGCAUUACCAGUGCUUUGCCAGUAACCAGUUUGGAACUGCAACGAGUAAUAGCGUGUUCGUGCGGGAGGCGGAGAUGGAAUCGUUUCCGGAGGUGGAGAAGGCGACCGUGGAGUACGCCAAGAUCGGAUCUCCCUUCAACCUUACCUGCAGUCCUCCUCAUGGCUAUCCGAAACCGGAAGUCUACUGGAUUAUCAAAAAUACCUACUACCGACCAGCCACCCUGAAGAACAUAACUGACCCAAGAAUCACUACGGAUCCGGAGAACGGGACGCUGUUCUUCUCGACCAUCACGGAAGAAGAUAAAAGUAAAGAUUCGUUCUACUACUGCGCCUCGUACUCGGCAGUAAGUGAUAAGUUCACAAUUGGCAAUCCGGUCUAUUUGGGGGUCUACCCCUUCCUCAUCGACCCGGCCACAGUUUAUGAUAGGUCUCCCGAUUUCCUGUAUGUCACCAAGCCACACGUGGUCGCUCUCAAGGGAGGAUCCGCAUCCCUGUGGUGCAUUCCAAGCGGAACGCCGUUGCCGAAGGUCAGCUGGAUAAAAAAAGGUUCCCCUCUUCCUCCUGGUAUUGAAUACCUUAACUAUGGGAAGACCCUUAAGAUUAAUAAUGUGGAUUUCUCUGACGAAGACCGCUGUUAACGGAAUUGGGUUUCCAAUCACCUACGCGAUAAGGUUGACCGUUCAUGCCAUGCCGUAUUUUACCGUCGAGCCCAAAGUUCAAACUAUUAAAGAAGGUGGCACGGCCGCCU